AGCAUCAUCAUCGUCAACAUCUUUCCCUACAUCUUCUCUUUUCUUUUUCCUUCUUCUUCGCUUUCACCAAAGUAACCCUUCUUUUUUCUUUUUCUUUUUCUUCCUUUUUUAUUCUCGCUUCUUCACAACCCAAACUCCCUUUUAAUUUUCAGGGAUAAAACAGUGGCUUCAUCAGAAGGUUCAAACUUCACAAUUCAUGUAGUGUGAUAUUUCUAAUCUGCACAUAAAACCUAACCCUAGCAAACCAUAAAAAGUUAAGCUUUUUCUCUUUUUUUUUUCUUUUUUUUCUUAUAAAUCAUUUAACCCACCAUAGAUGUUUGAGCCAUGGACAUAACGCCAACAACAACAAUCAACAACAAUCCUACGAGUGCAACAAAAUCGCCAGAACAUGACACUGAAACACCGACCAGGAUCAACACCACCAAGGCCUUGUCUUUCUCCAACGGCGUCCUCAAGCGUCACCACCACUCUCACCACCACCACCAUCUCUACCCUCUGGCCACCAACCACCCCGUGGCGGUGACCUACAAAGAAUGCCUGAAAAACCACGCAGCCGGCUUGGGAGGCCAUUCCUUGGACGGUUGCGGCGAGUUCAUGCCCUCCCCCAACGCCACCGCCGCCGACCCCUGUUCCUUAAAAUGCGCCGCCUGCGGCUGCCACCGGAAUUUCCACCGCCGCGAGCCGGAGGAUUCCCCCAUCUCAACCACCACCCAUGUCAUAGAGUACCAGCCUCACCACCGCCAUCACCCUCCGCCGCCGCCGCCGUUUCAGGUCUCCAACCGAAGCCCCAAUUCGGCCUCUCCGCCGCCGAUCUCCUCCUCGUACUACCCCUCUGCACCCCACAUUCUCCUCGCGCUGUCCGCCGGCCUGGCGGCGCCCCCGGAGAGCACUGCUGCCCCAGCCAACAACGCCGGCGCCUUGGCCUCCCCGGUGUCCAUCAGCCGGAAGCGGUUCAGGUCCAGGUUCAGCCAGGAGCAGAAGGAGAAGAUGCAGAGGUUCGCGGAGAGGGUUGGGUGGAAGAUGCAGAAGAGUGACGAGAAUUUGGUUAGGGAGUUUUGCAGCGAGAUUGGUGUUGAUAGAGGGGUGCUGAAAGUUUGGAUGCAUAACAACAAGAACACUUAUGCUAAGAAAGAUAAUGCCAAUGAUGGUAGCAAGAGCAUUUUGCAGGAAGACCCCAACAACAACAACGACAACAUCAUAGACAAUAACAACAAUAACGCUGAAAUAAAUGGUAACGCUAGCGCUGAGGAUCCGAGUCAUCACGACCAGAAUGAUGAUGGGGCUAACGUUGGUGCUAAUGGGUCUUCUUCGUCUUCUUGAUCUUUCAUGGUAGAAAGGAAGAGAGAGAGAGAGAAUAAUAUUUUAGAUAGACUAAAGAUGGUACCAGUUAAUUAUUAAUUAGUGGUUUCUUUUAAUUUUUGUUUUUAAUUGUUUAGUUUUAUAUUUAUUAAUGAGAUGAUUAUCACCUUUCUUAAGGAUAUUUAACAUUGGAGAGAAUGAUAUAUUC